AUGGAAGUGAAAAGUUAUAAAUGGUUCCUCACUCAAUUAGUCAAUAGAAAAUCCCAUUUGAAAAUCCUAGAAGCCGGAAUAUGCAGGGGCGAUAAGCUAUCUGAUUGAUUUUGCACUGAUCUUAACGGCGUAGUAAUAAAAAAACCAACAAGAAUAAUAAAUCGCACUAAAUAUUUGCUUACUCACUUUCUGAAUACUCGAGUCCCUAUACUAGAGCAGUACACUCCAGAUAGAGUUAUCUGCUAUUUAUAUCACACAGAUGGCAAACGAAUUGUCCUUGCAAAAGAAAUUGUCGAGCUUGCCGACAAUCAGCUUCAUGGACUCCAAGUGAGAAGUAUCCAUAUGGCGCUGCCAACAACUAAAUCUACAGAUAAAAUUUACAAAAUAAAAGCUUGGAACGAACAAGGCGAAUUACACACAGAGCUUUUGUCAGGAAAAUUUACCAAGGAGUUUGGAGAAACAGUCCGUGAUGUAAUAGUUUCUGAAAAAGCUAUGUGGCUUACAAUGUAUAUUACAGAAACUGUAUAUCACACUUGUAACCAGUUUAUUGAGUCAUUGAAAUAUGAUAUGAUUGUUGACCAAACCUCACAGCUUCACCUAUUAAAUAUAACUGAACUGACUUUUCAUAAAGAAAUAGCGCCGAGUGCGAAUAAUGACUUUUGGCUAAGGAAGAAAACGUUUUUGAGGUCAAUGCCAGAAGAGGAAACUUCAGAAGACUUGACUGAUGAAGAUGAGCAUGAACAAGAGCAAUCACCAAAAAAAAUGCCAUUAAUUGCUUAUGUUUUAAAAGAUUUCACUAAGAAAACUAGAGUUGACCAGAACAGAUUUAAAAUCAGUCUGGAGAGGGAGCAAAAACAAAACAGCCCAACAUUUUUGAAUAUGAUUGCAAAUACAAUUGAUAAAGAAAGACAAAAAGCUUUUAAUGCUGAGAGGAUUGCGAAGAGCAGAAUUGGAGCUCAUAAGCAACAAAGUUUUAUAAAGAGAAGGGCUUUUCAUUUAAAUUCCUUUAAAACUUCAAGCCGGCCAUCUCCUGAAUAUCAGACUAUAUCGAACUUCAAAGAUUUAUUAUUUUAUUUAGAAAAAACUCGUCCAAGGAAUUGAAUUAAAGACAAACCAAAAGAUUUGGAAUUUAUCCCUUGUCUAGAUAAAGGAGGAAUUACAACUGAAAGACACUCCACAAAUGCAAGCGAAUUUAGUUCCCCAUCGUCAGCAGCCAGACACAGAAAAACCCAAUCAACAAAUACCCUUUUAAAGCCUGGAGAUGCUUUAAAGCUUUGACUUACGAAAGAAGAAUCCCGUUUAAAGGCAAAACACUCCAAAGCUUCAUCACCCAUACCGAUUUAA